AUGAAUUAUCAGACUGCUUCAUUCUUGAUUGCCCUGGUUUGGAUUAUUGCUCUGCUUAUAGCCAUACCUUCAGCAUAUUUUGCUACAGAAUCAGUGCUCUUUAUUGUGAAAAACCAAGAGAAGAUAUUUUGUGGUCAAAUUUGGCCAGUUGACCAGCAGAUCUAUUAUAAAUCCUACUUCCUCUUUAUUUUCUGCAUUGAGUUUGUUGGACCAGUUGUUACAAUGACGUUAUGCUAUGCCAGGAUCUCCAGAGAGCUUUGGUUCAAAACGGUGCCUGGGUUUCAGACAGAACAAAUACGGAAACGCCUUCGAUGCCGGAGAAAGACAGUCUUGGUGCUUAUGUGUAUCCUCAUAGCUUAUGUCCUAUGCUGGGCUCCAUUUUAUGGAUUCAUGAUUGUUCGGGAUUUUUUUCCUACAGUUUUUAUUAGAGAAAAGCAUUAUCUGUCUGCUUUUUACAUUGUAGAGUGUAUUGCAAUGAGUAACAGCAUGAUUAACACAAUGUGCUUUGUGACUGUCAAAAACAAUACCAUGAAAUAUUUUAAGAAGAUCAUGCUUCUGAAAUGGAGAUCCACCUACAAUGGAAGUAAAUGUAGUGGAGAGAUAGAAAUCAAGACAAGUGCUGUUCCAGCUACAGAAGAGGUUGACUGCAUUAGGCUGAAGUAA